AUGUUAUAUUUAGAAGAUUAUCUUGAAAUUAUUGAGCACCUUCCUCAAGAAUUACGUGAUCGUUUCACUGAAAUGCGUGAAAUGGAUCUUUCAGUACAAAAUAAUAUAGAUUCGUUAGAAAAACGACAAAAUCAACUAUUCAACGAAUGUCGACGAAGUAUACAAACGACUGGUGAAAAACCUCCAAUGGCCGAUAUAGAAUUUAAGAAUCUUAUGAAAGAUUAUUAUCGAACGUUAGAGGAUGCUGAUGAAAAAGUUCACUUAGCUAAUCAUAUGUAUGAUUUCGUAGAACGAUAUUUAAGACGAUUAGAUACCGAAUUAUAUAAAUUUAAAUGUGAAUUGGAGGCAGAUCAUUCAGGAAUUACACAAUUGUUAGAAAAACGAUCAUUAGAAUUAGAUGCACCUCAAAGUAGUCAACAUAGUCAAAGUAGUGGUGGCGGGGGCGGGGGAAGUAGUCAAGUACAAAAGGAGAAUCGGUAUCGUCCACGUAGUGAAAAACGGCGAGAUAGUUCCGCAUCAAAUAGUCAUGAGAAACGUUUGGCCUCAAGUGGUAGUGGUACAACGGCAUCGUCUUUAAACUCAACUUCGGCAAGUGUUUUAUCAUCAGCAUUGACAGCUCAAGUACCAGAAGUACGUGGGCAUGUUAUAGCAAGUGGGGCAAUUAAUAAUAGUGGGGCACCACAAACAGCAAGUGCUGUUCCUGCAUCUUUACAGCCAUCAGCUACACAAACUAGUGGUGUUAGUUAUAGUCUAGGAAAUAUAGGAGCGGGAAAUGCUAUAGCUGCAGCCGCUUCACAAGCGAUUGCAGCUACGCAGCAAAUGCAACAAGGUCGGCGUACAGCAAGCUUAAAAGCAUCGUAUGAAGCAAUUAAUACGGGUGUACAUGGGCAUGAGUUGAGUAUUGGUCGUGAAUUAGCUGGGGCAGCGCAUACUGCACUUCAAGCAAUCCAACAUGACCAUGCAAAUACUAAACGACAGAAAAAGUCUGUUAAUAGGAAAUGGACAAGUAGUAAUUCAAAUAGUUCAAAUAGUUCAUCGUCAGUUAAUCAAAUCGCAGCGUCAGUAGCGCAAGUAACAGCGGCCUCAUCACCGGCACCCGAUACUCCACCCACUUCUGAGAAUGUAGCAGCAGGAGAUGCUGUAGUUGAUGAUGCCGAUUGGACAUACGAUCCAAAUGAACCCCGUUAUUGUAUUUGUAAUCAAGUCUCAUAUGGUGACAUGGUUGCAUGUGAUAACGAAGAUUGUCCGUUCGAGUGGUUUCAUUAUAAUUGUGUUAAUAUCACGGCACCACCAAAAGGUAAGUGGUAUUGUCCUCAAUGUACAUCCGCAAUGCGUCGACGUGGAUCCAGAAAAAAUUAAUUUGAAAUUCAAGACAAAUCGUAUUCAAUAAUAAUAGUCUUUCAACGCAAUAUUUUUAUUUAUCUUAAUUUUUGGAAAACAAUGAUGGCGGAUAUUAUAACGUCAAUGUUUUCUCCAAAUAUG